CCGUUAGCAUAGACGUUCGUUCGUUACAAGCGCAGUGCAAUUCGCCGCUAAUAGCCCCGUUAUUAUUUAAAGGGAAACUAAUGUGAAAAACGCAUUUCACAAAGAAUUCAAAACAAAACGUAGACCAAAAAGGCAAAACCUUGUGUGUCUAACGCGAAAUCGCAGUGCAUUUGAGUAUGAAAUUCAUUGUGAAGGAAUGUCAAUUUGUAUAACCCAAACAGAGCAAAAUAUCAAAGUAAAAGUUUUUCGUUUUAAAUGAGAAAAUUCAAAAUAAACAGGAAAAAGUGAAAAAUUUGGAAAUUUUGCAAAUACAAGAAGUAAUAAAUAAAGUGCCCAAACAAUUAAAUGUAAAAUACGCAAAGUGUUAACAGAGCAUAGUUUAUGUUUCCGAGAGAGGAGCGGUAAUUUGUUUCCGAAAAAAAGUUUGCGUAUUUCCGGAUUAUUUUCUCAAGUCUUAUCUAUGCCAACAGCAGACAAUGCUAGAUUUUGGUGAAUUCCCAAACAAUCAUCAUUGCCAUCGUCAUCCUCAUCAUAACAACAAUCGAAAACAAAAUAAAUAGAAAGCCGCUGAAGCUGCAGCAUCUAUUGUUAAAUUUCGUUGUUGUUGUUGUUUUGUGUGCUACUGAGAUUAUAAAUCAGAGUGACUGACGGCCGAAAACCAAAACAGAAAACCCCAACAAAUAAUAGACGGGAAAAUAAUCUACUUGGAGGCCAAUAAAAGUAGACAAAAGAAAAUCCAAAAACAACAGCCACAUCAGGAAAAUAGAAAAGUCAUUACUGGCAAAGUAGUAAUGCAAGCAAGCAGCAAGCAUAGGCUGGAAAAUUUAUUAAACAUAUUUUGUGGCUAAUGAAAGCUGCUCUUCAAACAUCAACGGAUGGUAGUUGGAAUAAUCUGCAAACAAAAAAAUCUUAAAUUCAUCCCCUCGCGCGAACAAUAGGGACGAAAAGGACCAUCUAGUAGUUAGCUGUCAACAUUUACAUACAGGGACCUUAACAGCAACGACAAGACGAAGGACAUACAUUGCCAUACAAAAGGACUAUGAUGAUAGUCAAGGAUAAAAAAGCUUUUUAUUGAAAUAAUCCAGCUCAGGCGAAAGUUAAAUUCUUCCAUUUCCUCUCACAACAAAGGACACCCAACUCACACAUUCAAAGAUAUUAAACGCCCAGCAUUAUCUUCUUUGAAUUCAUGCCACCACUUCAUCAGCUACUUGCAGACUAGUAGCAAAAUCGUUCGUUCCAACCAUUCAACUGGUUGAAUUUCAAGGCUACGCCGUAUAGCGAAAAACAUCUUUAAGUUAUCACCUCCAUCAUCGCAUCGUAUCCAUCCCUCAGACAAAAGGACGUGUAGCAUUUGUCACGUUCUAACCACCCACCCCAACAUCCCAAGCUCUUGGAACUUCAAGAUCUCUAUAUGCUAAACUACGCCAACAAUACUACCACUUCCAUAGUUGUUGCUUCCAACAUCAACAAUCCCACAAGCAUAACAAACAUAUCCGCCGCUGCUGCCGCCAGUCUCACUCAACCUGCCACAAUGAAGUUGUCAAAGUUAUCCAACCAAACAAACUCCCAGGAUCCACAGGCCGUUAAUUCGCGCAUCUUUGUGGGAAAUUUAAAUACGUUUCAAUGCUCGAAAACCGAUGUGGAGCGUAUGUUUCAGAUUUAUGGACGUCUUGCAGGAAUAUCAAUGCAUAAAGGUUAUGCAUUUGUGCAAUUCACAAAUCCUUUUGAUGCUCGGAAUGCCUGCCUCGGUGAAGAUGGCAAAAUGGUUUUAAGCCAGACAUUGGAUGUCAACAUGGUGGCCGAACCCAAGGCCCAUCAAGUAGGACGCAAGCGGCAAAAUAUUAAUAAAACUGGCAAUGAUUGGGACUACUUUUACGACAGCUACUAUGCCUCGACCAUGAAUCGCAACAAUUCGAUACGACCGAAAAAACGCAAACGCCUUAUGAGCAAUUCCAGUCGCCUGGUGGCCAUGAGUGAUGCGGUGAAUAGCAGUAACCUGAAUGCUGCCAUGGCAGCUGCCUCAAUGGCUCAGCAGCAGCAACAGUUGGUACAGCAUCAACAGCAGCAACAACAACAUCAUCAACAGCAACAGGCCGCUGUUGUUGCAAUGGCAGCCAUGGCCAAUCUGUUGCCACAACAGCAAAUGAUGCUUCACCACCAGCAGAGUAUGUUGAGCAAUGUCAAUGGAACAGCUGCCACGUGCAAUGGCGCCACAACGGCACCCCAUCAUACCAGUCUGAGUAUGUAUCUGCAACAGCAACAACAACAGCAGCAGCAACAACAAGCGGCAGCUGCUGCCGUUGCUGCGGCCCAAUAUGCCGCUGCAGCUACCAAUGGUUCAUUACAAUUGAAAAUGUCAUCACCAUUGAUGGCCGGCCCCACAGGACAGGCAUCGACGAAUUCAUUGCUUGCCCAAGACAAUGAUCAAUUACUGGCGACCACAACAGCAUCCUCGAACCACCAGUCACAUUUGCAGCAGCAACAACAACAGCACACAUCAGCAACGUCGGCCCAUAUCAUCCAGCCGUUGAGUUUGUCGGUGGCUUCACAACAUCAGCAUCAUCAUUAUCAACAGCAACAACAACAACAGCAGCAGUUGCAAAAACAACAGCAACAACAAUAUCUAUAUGAACAGAGCCAACAACAACAGCAGCAGCAACAACAACAACAACAGGAAGACCAAGAUCAAUUAUCAUUGAACAAUGCAUGGGGACCAUUCAAAGUUUACAGCAAUCCGGACACAUUAAUUUGUGGCAAUUGUCGAGAAUGUUUCAACGAACUGGCUGAGUUAUUGGACCACAAAAGGACUUAUUGCAAACUACGCUUUACAUGCAAAUGCCAGGAUCUAACGAUGCCAACAAGAAACCCAGUCAUUGGCGCUAAAUUGUUGUGUGCCGUUUGCAAGGAUGCCUUCACCAAUCCCUGGGAUCUAAUGGUGCAUGCCCAGGCAGCCCAUAUGGUCAACAUUUAUGAAUUGGGCAGUGAACCCAAUAACAACAGCAGCAACGCGGCCAACAAUAACACUGCCAACAUCCUCAAUGAGGAGGCCAACCUAACGGGGACAACAGAUGCAUUAGCAUCGGCUACAAAUAUCAACGUCAGCGCCAAUGAGCCGCCCAAUAACAAUGGUCCACAUUGCAACAAUGACAAUGACUCCAACAACAACAGCACCAAGAACCACAAUGGUAUCAUCAUAUCGCGUGAUGCAAAUUGUUUCUCUCUCACCGGUAAAAUUGAAGCCCCCACCACAUUGGGCGCCAUCACCACAUCGGCAUCGUCAUUGUCUUCGUCAUCAUCGCCAUCACCAUUGACAACUACAGUGGCCAAUAUAAACGGCACGGAUAUUGGAGUAACGACCAGCGCCGUCACCAAUGACACCAACAAUAACAAUGCGUGCAAUGGCACUGCAAUGUCGCUGGAACUGGGUCACUCGAGUGAUACGGAGACUCAUUUGGAGCUUAAAUUUGGCAUUUGCAAUAGUCCUAUUGCCACAAUUAACAAAGAGGAACCCACAAAUCUUGAUGACGGAUCGCGAGAUGAACGCAUGUCCGAUGAUGUAAAAGUGUUACGCAGUAAUGGUUCCGUAUCUUCACGAGGCAGUACCCCAACCAUGGACAAUGAGGAUGUGGCACGAAUGCAACAGAGAGCCUGCAUUGUACGCACUUUAAGCUUUGAGGCCGCCGCCACUACCACCAGUGGGAGCACACCAACAACAUCGGCCACACUUGGCUUAAUAACCAACAGUUUGGCUUUAGGCCUGAAUAGCAGUAGUGCGGUGUCAUCAGCAGCUGCUGUGGCGCCACAAUAGGGCAUACCACAGGCUCAAGCCGCUCAAACUCGUACAUUUAAAUUCCCGAAAAACCGCAGAAAAAAAGUAAAAAAUUUCAUCAGCCAUGCCCAUCCCCGUGCUCAUCAUCAUCAGCAGCAGCAUCAACAUGGAUAUGAGAAUAGCAGCAACAACACCACCGCCCCACGUUACACAACAAUGGCCACGGUGGCAGCAAAGACAGCAGCAGUGGCAGCAGCUUCCGUUGAAAACAAACAAUUUGUUCGCACUUUUAUGUCCUGUUAUCCUCUGCCGACCCAUUGUGUCUGGAGAUCGGAACAACAAAUAUUUGGCGGACAGCAACGCUGAUGGCUGGCAAACGCCUGUGGCCAGUAUCACCACCACCAACACCUCCACCAUCACCAUCCGCAACAUCAGCAGCAUCCCUUAGCCAGGAAACAACAACAAAAUAAAGCUAACCAAAUGAACGUCAAGAUUAUAAAUAAUUUAAGCCUUCAGUUGCAGUUCAGUUGAACUCUCCAAAAACUCAAAACAAUGGUAAAUAUAUUUGAGGAUUGUUAUUGCAUUUUAUAGUUGUUUUUUGUUUGGUUCUCUCUUUUUUUUUGGGAAAAUUGUUUUGUGCUCUUCCCACAAAACGAAAACCAUGCCCUCACACGCGAAAAUGAAUAAAAUUUGUUAUGCGGUAACGACGAUGAGUACGAGAGAGUGUUUUUGUGAAAUAUGGUUUAUAUUUGUUUUUGGAACUAUGGUAAAUAACCGCUGUUGUAUUGAAAUUCAAAACUUAAUAGUGGUCUUUAUUAUAAAAAUAAUCCAUACGGACAAUGAUGAGCACACACACACAUUGGAAACUUCUUAAAGUUAAUUUUGUUUUUAUACCCUACAACACUAUGUGUUGGGGGUAUUAUAAGUUUGAUUGGGUCAAAAAUUAUGUAACACCUCGAAAUAUUGGUCCACCACAUAGGAACCUAUAUAUGGAUCUUCCCAUCUGAGUGAGUCGAUCUAGCUAUGUAUGUCCAUCCGUCUGUUCAUGUUAAUUUGUAAUCACGCUAUUAUGGUCCUCAAUUGAAAAUGGAGUUGAGGUUUGGGUCAAAAUAGAAGCCUACUGUUUUUGGAGAAGGUCGCAUAAAAAGGGGUUGAAAUGGACCAAAAACUGAAAAAUUCUUGACUUUGCCCUUGCUCUACAUGUUGACGCGCAAUUUUGCAUGAAGUAAGAAUUUAGGGCUGGAAGCUGGAAGAAGCCUACCAAUAUGGACGGUCAUCGGACAAUAUUCAGUGGGUAACAUAAACCAUAACUAUUACUUAAGAAAAUACGGAAAUUUUAACUAAACCGCAAAUAUAUAUAAUUCAGGUGAAAUCACAAAAUACAUUAAAAGGCCACUUCAGACCACUAUUGUAAUAUCGGAUAAUUAAGGUUAAAUUAAAAAACUGCAACAAAGUCAAACGCCAUUGUUGUGACAUUUAUUUUUUAUAUUUUAUUGAAUGAAAGCAAAAAAAUGUCGGAAAUAGCAUCAAAUUUUAGAAUAAGUUUAGAUUUUUUCGAAUUGGUCACCUUUGUGUUCUGUGGUAUUUUGGCCCAUUCCCGGCGAAGCGUUUGCUUGAGGUGAUCGACACUUUGGUAUUUUUUAGGGCCAACCUUGCUUUCCAAAAUACUCCAGAUACAAUAGUCCAACGGAUUUGUAUCCGGAGAUUUUGGUGGCCAUUGUACGCUGGAAAUGAAGCAAGGAACCUCAUUUUGUAACCAUUCCUGGGUGGGUCAUGUUGGAAUGUCCAAGGUCUGCGGCCAAAAUGUUUGCUUGCCCAAGCUUUUAAUACACCCUCUAGAAUAUUUUCACGAUAAUUCACGCAUUUAUUCUGAUGCUACGGUCGAUUAAUACGAGUUGAGAGCGACCAUCUUCUGUUAUGGCGGCCCACACCAUGGCCUGCGCUUGAGUUCUAGUGGCCGACCGAAGGUGCACAUUUUCAGCUUACGUUUUAGGCAAGUAAACACUUUCAUCAUUUUGUUUGUUUACAAACGGCUGGACAACGAAUGUUUUCUCAUCGGAGAAAAUCAAAUUCGGCUGUUUACUACUUUCGGCCAAGCGAAGCUACUCUUUAGCUCUUUUAAGUCUAUUUUCUUUCUGUUGCAGUGUAAGUUUUUGCACUUUUGGGAAUUUUAAUGGCUUUACUCUUACCCGAGCUCAUUUUUCAUUAUUUGCCGAAUGGAAUAUUGCGAUGUGUUCAGCUCACGAGUCAUUUUUCGUCCACUGUGACGCGGGUUAUGAUAUUUGGACAUAAGGGGGCUUCCAACAUAUUUUAUUGUUGUAGGGUAUCAUAUGGUCGGCCCUGCACGACUUUAGCCUUUGCUUACUUGUUUUUAUGCCCUAAACAACAUUGUGGUAAGGGUAUUAUGUCUUUGUGCACUUGUUUGUAACAGGGAGAAAGAGGCGAGAUAUACCCAUAGGAUUUUCAUAUAAUUACUUUCUGAGUCGAUUUAUGAAUGUCUGUUCAUCCGUCCGUAUCCGUCCCAUUUAUUGUCCGAUUGAGAUGACAUUUUGCAAACAAUAUUUGUUUUGGGCCAAGGACGAACCCUAUUGAAAUUAGUGAUAAUCGGAUCAGAUUAAGAUAUAGCUCCCAUAUAUCUUCAACCGAUUACGGGUUAAUUGCGCACCAAGUGGCCAAUAUAAGUCCUAAUGACCUGAAUUUUGGUAUAUUCCACCGAAUUCAGUCUAGAAGCAAUUACCUCAAAUUUGGAGAAAAUCGGUUCAGAUAUAGCUAUAGCCCCCAUAAAUAUGUUUCAUUCGAUUUGGUGUUUCAGUCUCUCACAUGCAUAAUAUGCACUCCAAAUCAAUGAUAUUUGGUACCGGAUUGAGAUCGGUUCAGAUUAGAAUAUAUCUCCCAUAUAUACCUUUAUCCGAUAUCAGGUUUAUUGUGCAACAAGUGGCUAAUAUCAGCCUAAAUGAACUGAAUCAAAUUUGGCGUAAAUCGGUUCAGAUAUAGCUUUAGCACCCAUAACUGAGUUUAAUCCGAUUAGGGGAUUAAAGUCCCUCACAUGCGUAAUAUGAAUUCCACAUCAAUGACCUUUGGUUUCUGAUAUCAUAUACAGCUCUAAAAUAAGUUGAUCAAAUUUUGUUUUGACAUGAAUUUUGGCACAUCCUACAUAAUUCAGUCUAGAAGCAAGUACAUCAAUCGGUUCAGGUAUAGCUAUAGCUCCCAUAUAUAUGUUUCAUCCGAUUUGGUCCCUCACAUUUUAAGUCCCUCACAUUCGUAAGUCCCUCACAUUCUUAACAUGCAUUCGACAACAAUGAUAUUUCGGACCAGAUAUUUUAUAGAGCUCGGAAAUACACUUGCCAAAUUUUAUCGAAGUCGGCUAAGAUUUGAAUAUAGCUUCCAUAUAUAUCCAUUAUUCGAUUUCAGAUUUAUUCUGCAAAUAAUGGCUAAUAUCAGCCCAAAUAGAGUGAAUUUUGGGACGUACGUUUCUAUUUUGUGGAACUCGGUUCCGAUACAUAUUUUUUAAUAUAAUCCUUCUCGAAGUGAUAUCAUGCCCUCUAUAGCAAUGUUAUUUGGUAUAAAGUACAGGGUUGCCCAUAUUCGACGGACCUUUGGGCCCAAUCCAAUCGACGAGGCUUGUCCGCAGGCAACAUUCUUUGCGUCAAUUGUAAAUUUUGUACGGGAACAAAUGCAAAUCAAUGCGAAUAAUCCGUUGUAAAGUGGACCGAGCCAUUUCCAAUUGCUGAGAACGGCGUUUUUGGGAUGUUCUUGGGGACCUCUCAACACUGGCUCGUACGGCAGCGAUAUUCUCGGCCGAUCGCCUUGGUCGACUUUUAUAUGGCCUCUUCGGAUUAGAAAGAGCCUUACCAGUCGAAAAUUUUUCAUAUAAACGCUUAAUUGUGUUCUUAGAAGGUGCACUUCUCACAUUUUUUAAUGUUUUAAAAGCACGUUGAGUUUUCACAAUUGACUUCUUCUGUUGAAUGUAAAUUUCAACUAUUUCAGAGCGGUCGUGGUAUGAUCUACUUCAAAUAAAUCCUAUAGUAAUGGGAGCUCUACUAAAUGUGCAUAGGGGUGUUGUGUAUCAUAUUGUCGGACAAGCCCGACUUUUGACUUUUCUUUACUGGUUUUAUUUAUAUGGUGUGUAAGUUCGACUUUUGAAAAUGGUGAACUUUUUGAAAAUGUGAACUACAAUACAAAUCGUCGUUGUUUAUUUUCACAAAACAUUAAUUUUUCUAUUUUUAAAAAAAUAAAA